AUGACGUCGUUUUUACCAUCGGUGGCUGAGCAGCUUUUGAAGGACAUACAGAGAACUUACUCCGAAAAAGCACAAAUACCAGAUGACCUGCUACUGGCGUUGAGUUUUGUUUUUGGGUCUUGCACCUUGCCAGCGCUGGAUCUCGUGGAUCGCCGUUCCGUUACCUGUUUCUCCUCCCCGAGUGGCCGAAAAGUUUUCCAGGUGCUGGGAGGGUCAGGGCGACCGUACUUUUGCUACGUGUCCUGUCAUUUCUGCUGCUGCCCGGCCUUCUCCUUCAGCGUGCUGAGGAGAGACGAGAGCUUAGUGUGCAAACAUAUUCUGGCUGCGUACCUGUGCCAGGCUAUGGGGCUGUGCCAGCAGGAGCAGGUCUCAGAUCAGCAGAUGACCCUCAUUCUCUCAGGCAGAACAGAAGCCGACACCUGA